AUGGCAGAUCUUGCAAUCUCGACAGUUCUUUUCGAACAUCACCGCCAGGCUUUCGGUAUCGCUGAGACGAAGCCUCGCAUCACCUGGAGAUUCGAAGGUACCGUCUCUGAUUGGGAACAAAACGCCUAUGACAUAGAAGUUGCGCGCAAAGGACCCAAGGCGGAUAAAACCACUCUUUUCUCCUUCAACUCCUCCAGCUCGCUGUACGUGCCUUGGCCAGACGAGGAGCUGGCUGAGUCAGAGGCUGCGUCUGUACGUGUGCGCGUUCAUGGCAACGACGGGCUGUCCACUCCUUGGUCUGACUGGGCUGAUGUGGAGACGGGACUCCUGUCUGAGGAAAGCUGGGUCGGAGCAGACCCGAUCGCAGCCGACGUCUUUGAGCAAUCCAACCACACUGCCAAACGGCCCAUUUACUUCCGCCGCGACUUCCAGGUCCCUCAGACUGCGAUUGCUUCUGCAAGGCUAUACAUCACUGGUCUGGGUAUUUACGAGGCUGAGAUCAACGGGAACAGGGUCGGCGAUCUCGUUCUGGCACCUGGAUGGCAAUCGUACAGUCACCGCCAUGUCUAUGACUCGUACGACGUGACGAGCCUUAUCAAGAGUGGAAACAAUGCCAUUGGAGUUGUGGUUGGAGAAGGAUGGUUUCUCGGUCGGCUGGGGCCAGAAAGCGUGAGAAACAAUUACGGCGACUCUAUUGGACUUCUCAGCAAGCUGGUGGUUACACUCAAGGACGGCCGAAAGGUCACUGUUGGCACCGAUGAGAGUUGGAGGGCCAACGGAGGGCCUAUUGUAUCGGGCGAAAUCUACGAUGGCGAAACCUACGACGCAAGACUCGCAAAGCAAAUUCAGGGCUGGUCUACGGACGCAUUCGCUGCAAAGGCAAAAGCCUGGCGCAAAGUUCGCACGCUCCCUCCGCUUAAGGGUAAACUCACUCCACCUGACCAGCCUGGUAUCCGAAGGGUAGAGGAAAGACAAGCCGAGCGAAUCUUCAAAUCGCCGUCAGGAAAAACAAUCAUCGACUUCGGACAAAACCUAGUAGGCUGGCUCCGGGUUCAUGUUGAUGGGCCUGCUAACACAAAUAUCACUCUUCGUCACGCAGAGGUAUUGGUGGAUGGCGAGCUAGCCCUCAAACCACUGCGCACAGCCAAAGCAACUGAUACCAUCAUACUUGCUCGCGAUGGUCCGAUCACAUGGGAACCCAAGUUCACAUUCCACGGCUUCAGAUACGCCCAAGUCGACGGCUGGCCGAAGAACAGACCAUUGAUAGGGUCCAUCAAAGCUGUCGUCCUACACACGGACCUCGAGAAGACCGGCUGGUUCGAAUGUUCAAACCAGGCUCUGAAUAAGUUGCACUCUAACGUUCGUUGGUCAAUGAAAGGAAACUUCCUCUCCAUUCCGAUGGAUUGUCCCCAGAGGGACGAGCGACUUGGAUGGACGGGUGAUGCACAUCUCUUCGGGCCUACAGCGAAUUUCCUUUACAACACAGCUGGAUUUUGGCGAGGGUGGCACAAGGAUCUUGCGACCGAGGCGGCUGUAGACGGUAGCAUGGUCCCUCGAUGGUACACACCAAUGCUUCAAGGUCCCACCAAUCAACCCAUUGCUACUGCUGUCUGGGGCGAUGUGGCUGUAGGUAAUCCUUGGAACAUCUACAAAUCCUUUGGUGAUAAGGGCCUUCUGCAAGAGCACCUUGCGCAAGGUGUCGGAUGGCUGGAUAAGGGCAUCUAUCGAAAUGAAGCUGGACUUUGGAACCACCAAACCUACCAAUACGGUGACUGGCUCGACCCUCAGUCUCCUCCUGAUGACCCUGGACAGGCCACAACACACAAGUUCCUGGUUGCAGAUGCCUAUUUGGUACGUAUGACAGAGCUCAUGUCUCAGAUCACAGCUUCCCUCGGAGAAACAGCUCUAUCGGGGAAAUAUGCAAGCCAGCAUACAGCCCUAAAGACCCAGUUCCAGAAGGCUUGGAUGAAUGGUGAAGGUGCGCUAGCAAACCGCACACAAACGGCCUACUCACUCGCUAUAUCAUUUGGGCUGUUGGAGGACGACGAAAUGCGCAAGGCGGCUACCAAAACGCUGCGCGACAUCGUAUCAGCCAACAACUACCUGAUCAGAACAGGCUUCGCCGGCACACCUGCUCUCAGCGACGCACUAAGAUCCGUUGACGCGACGGAAGACUUUUAUCGCAUUCUCCUCCAAACAAAGGUUCCCUCUUGGCUGUACCAAGUUGAGAUGGGUGCCACCACAAUCUGGGAGCGUUGGGAUAGCAUGCUCUCUAAUGGACAGUUGAAUCCUGGAGAGAUGACGAGCUUCAAUCACUACGCGUAUGGAUCCGUCGCACAAUUCUUACACGAGACUGUUGGCGGGAUCGCCCCGGACAAGGACAGCCCGGGCUACAAGACCGUCGUGGUUGCGCCUAUCCCGGGUGGUGGAAUCACUUCGGCCACUACGAAGCAUUUGGGACCGUAUGGGAUGAUAGAAGUCAGCUGGUCGGUAAAGAAGGGCAAAGGCUUCAACCUGCAAGUCAAGGUUCCGCCGAAUUCGAGGGCCGUGGUGAAGAUGCCUAAGUCUAAGCGUGUUAUGGAAGUAGGAUCGGGUGUUCAUAGCUUCGUUGACUUGAAGUAUUAG